AUGGCGCUGGAUACGAAACCUGGUCUAAAAUUGCGCACACAAGAGCCAAACACAAGAGCGGCAAAGAGGGGGCAAUCGAGCGCUUUGACCUACUCCACCACCAUCGCCUCCCGCGCCUUAGCAAGGGCAAUCAAGCAGCCAAACACAAGAGCGACAAAGAGGGGGCAACAAUGUACAGUUGCGCACGGGGCGAAACCGCGCCACGACUCGAUCGGCACUGGGCAGCCAGCAGCGCUCAGCGGCCAGGGCGGGCUCGGGAGAGCGGUUGCUAGCUACGAGCUCGGUGCCGUGCCGGCCAGUGCGAGGCGAUGGGGGGAGGAGGCUGGACGUGCUGCUGGGGCGGACGACGAAGCAGACGGCGCGGUGCGGUGCGGGAAGGCGCGCGGGGACGUGGAGCAGCUGCUCCGCCUCGGCCACACGGACCGCGCGCUGGCCCGCGCCGAGCACGUCGUCCGGGAGCAGAACGCGCUCGACGUGCUCGCCGAGCUCGAGGCCUACCGCAGCCUCAUCGUCGAGAGGGCCGCGCUCGUCGACGCGCACAGGGACUGCCCCGAGGAGCUGCGGGAGGCGGCGGCGGGGCUGGUCUACGCCGCCGCCAGGUGUGGGGACCUCCCGGAGCUGCAGGAGGUCCGGGGCAUCCUUGCCAGGGAGUUCGUCUCCGCGGCGUCCAACCUACGCAGCGGAUGCGGGAUCAACGUCAAGAUCGUGCAGAAGCUGUCGACCAAACAGCCGAGCCUGGAGAGCCGACAGUUGGUGCUACAGGAGAUCGCCGCCGAGAAAGGGAUCGCCGUGCGCAUCUACGAGCCUCCAUGCGAUGACUCGGGACGUUCCAACCACAACCGGAAGACGAAGCACGAUGACGAGAGGAUCCGCAGGACGCCACCAGUUGAUGACCGGGACGAAGACAUUUCCGUCGACUCGGCACGGAGGUACAAGGACGUGGAAGCGGCAGCUCAGGCCGCGUUCGAGUCGGCCGCCUCUGGCAGCCGCCGCCGCGAAGGCCUCCAUGGAGCUCUCGCGGGGGGAGCCCAGGGGGCCCGGUGA